GAGCCGCGCGCCGCGGCCGCUCCAGCGGACGGCGACGCCCUGGCCGCCCAGGCGGACGCGGCCGCCGAGCGGGCGGAGGCGCGGAGGAGCCCGACGCCACUGGCGGAGGCACGGAGGAGCCCUGCGGCCAGCCCGACGCCGGAGGCGAAGGAGCGGAGGGCGUCCCCGCGGCCGGCACGGGCUGGGAGCGCCAGCGGUUCCGACAGCGACAGCGCGGAGGGCGCCAAAGGGCGACGGAGGUCCCCCAAGAGCUCCCGGGGCGGCGCGGGCCGCGGGGCGAGCCGCAGUCGUGACCGGAAAGAGCAGCGUUCCGCCAGGAAGGGCAGCCGGCGCGGCGGGCGCGGCCGGCGUGCGGAGGAGAGCCAGAGCUCCGGUCGCAGCAGCGCGCAGCGAGAGGACAGAGGUCGUGGCCACGGCUUCCGGGAAGAGAGGUCCGCCAGCAGCGCCACCUCGGCCUCGCCCGCGUCGCGGGGGCGCCGGAAGCGCCGGCGCGGAGAGGGUGCGCGCGACGAUCACAGGAGCCGCAGCGGCCGCGGGGAGCGGGGGCACUCGCGGAAGGGCCACGGCAAGGGCAAGGGCGGCGGCGGCCGCGACCGCGACGGCAUUCGCGCCUCGGACCGCGACCGCGACGUGCCACUGUGCAUCCCCUACGUGAUGAACCGGUGCGUCUGGGGCGACAGGUGCCGCGAACGACACCCGGCCGAGGAGGACUGCAAGAUGGCCCGGGAGAGCCUGCUCAACAAGGCUUGCCGCUUCGGCGCCAACUGCAAGCGCAAGGAUUGUAUAUUCAAGCACCCGGACAAGCGCUGA